CUAAGAUUUCUGGUGAAUCCCUUAAGACAGUUUUAAAACCCACGUUGCCGUAUAUAAAUUUGGAUUCUGGGGGGAAAUGGUACCACUGUCAAGCUCAAAAAAUGCAUCAUUUGUUUUUCGCCGCUCUCCUUUCUUCCUGUGGUUGUCACCAUAUCAAAAAAUGAAAACUGCAGUGAGGGAUAUUCUGAUCAGCCUGGAUGGUCUUUGGAGAAGCCACUGAUCUGAUCAAGAUGCAGGACAACAAUUCAUCAGAAAGAUGCACCGAUCCUCCAAUGGGUUUCCAGGCUUCCUUGUAUGCAGCCACCUACGUUAUCAUCUUUGUUCCGGGUCUCCUGGGAAACAGCAUCGCCCUUUGGGUUCUGUGCCGCUUCAUCAAUAAGAAGAGCAAAGCUGUGAUUUUCAUGAUGAACUUGGCUGCCGCUGACCUGACCCACAUCGUCUCUUUGCCCUUACGGAUGUACUACUACAUCAACCACAGCUGGCCUUUCGGGGGCUUCCUUUGUCAGCUCUGCUUCUACCUGAAGUACCUCAACAUGUAUGCCAGCAUCUGCUUCCUUACCUGCAUCAGCAUCCAAAGGUAUCUCUUUCUGCUUCACCCUUUCAAAACCAAGGACUGGAAGUGCAGGUAUGAUGUGGCCAUAAGCGCUGCCAUAUGGACAGUGGUUGGGGCUGCUUGCUUGCCCCUCCCAAUCCUGAGGAGCCCUAGCUUAUCCAACGAUACCAACACCUGCUUUGCCGAUCUUGGCGUGAGGCAGUUGACUAUGGGAGCCUCAAUCACUCUGGUGAUUGUGGCUGAAUUCUGUGGGUUUGUGGCCCCCUUGAUGAUAAUCAUUUAUUGCACUUGGAAAAUGAGGCAAUCCCUGCAGGAGUCCCACACUCCUUUGCAACACACAAAUGAGAAGCAGAAAGCUUGGCACAUGAUCUUAGGGUGCGCAGCUGUGUUUUUCAUAUGCUUCACGCCCUAUCAUGUGAACUUCCCUAUAUUUAUGAUGGUGAAACAAGACAUCAUCACAGACUGUUCUGUACGCCGUAGAGCUUUGUACUUCCAUCCCAUUUCUUUGUGCCUCGCAAGCCUCAAUUGUUUUCUUGAUCCAGUUCUCUACUACUUCAUGACAUCAGAGUUCCGGGAAAGGCUCAAGUGCCGUCAUGCCACCAUUUUAAGCUGCCUCACCGAUCUUGACAGCAGCAGCACCAGAACCUCCUCAGCUGGUGGGGAAAGUGAGGGCAAUAACAGAAAUAAAAACGUUUUAAUGGCAUAUUUUUGGACACUUCGGCCACACAGGCCUGAAAGUGAUGGCAUGGAGUCUCCUCUCUCUUGCUAGUGAAGAGACAGUUCACACAUGCAUGUAUUUCCCAAGCAAUGGGAGAGCAAGGGGAUUCAGCACUUGACCCUCAGCUGCAUGUAUGAACAGGCUCCAUUGAAAAAGUAUUGUAUCUCAGUUGUUGCUGGGUAAUAGGAACGUUUUGUCUCUGGUAAUUAAUGUCUGGUGACUUGAGAACAAUAAUUUGAUACAACAAUUAAUAAGUCAUAUUUAGGAGCUGCCAGAACUGGAACAAAGAACCCAGGGAUCUGUAUGCUGCUGCCAUUAGGAUGACAAAGUGGAACAGACCCUGGGCAGGGAAGUGUUCCUAAGUUCUGUGGUGACUCCACCCUUCCAGGCCAGCCAUUGACUUCCCUCUGGCCUCAAAAAGCUGAUAAACACUUCCAGGUCAGGCUAGGGCUUUUUGCCUGCACGAUGAGACAGAUGGCUUCCACACACAAAAUGGCAGCCACUUUCCUGUUCUCCAGAAUGAUGUGAUGUCUGGGAAAAUAAAAUAGCAACUGCUAAGAAGCCUCCCUUCCCAAUGAAUGAGGAGUGCAAACCAGAGAUGGAGGAGGGAUCUGUUUCAGAUUUACACAUGUAACAUGGUGGUGCUAAUCCAAUCAAGCAACUUCAAGCCAUCUCUUGCAUUAACUGCUCAUAUAUGUUUCAGCCAUUUGUACAUUGUUGGCUUUAUUUAUUUAUUUAUUUAUUAAAGCCAAACUAAUUAUAUGCAAACAUAUAGUCCCAUG